CUGGCUUCAAACCUCGAUCCUCCUUGAUUUCUGCCUCAUGAGUAGCUAGAAUUACGGGUGUGGGCCACUGGCUUAACAUACACAUCAGAACUCAUGUAAGUUAGGAAUUCUUUACAGCUGCUUUUAAAUGUGUGUAAUCCACUUUUUAAAAACAUUAUACCUAUAAGAGUAUGUAAACAAGGUUAAAACUUCCACUGAAUUAGCUAUGUGGGCAAGAGAGGUUAUCUGACUACGUGGGCAGAACAAAUUACAGGGUGGCAAAACCCUGCAGUUACAGCCACACUGGUUCUCAGCCAUGCUGUGGAUUUAAUUUUAUUACUGUACCCAAACUGAUCAAGCUCCAUGUGACUUUCUCCAAAACUCAAGAGACUAAUGUGUAUAGAUCAGAACGUUAAAUUUUUAGAGAAACCAAAUACUGCAUCAGUGGCACAUACUAUAUGAUGGCUAGUUGUAAUAAUCACAAUAAUCACAAGGCUGGUAGACAUUGAUAUGCAUGGAAUCAGAUUAAAGGAGUGUUGGUUGAUCAGUUAAAGAGCCUCUGUUCCUACCAGAGAUGAGCCUAUCAGAUAUAUCCUAUAAUCGGUCAGGAUGUAUUCUUUUGUAUUCUUCCUCUUUGGAAUUUUCUCCCUUUUUUGGAGGGUGGUGAGACGUUGGUUUGAACUCUGAGCAUUGAGCUUGCAAAGCAAGAUCUUUACUGCUUGAGUAAUACCUUCAGUCCAUUUUCAUUCUGGUUAUUUUAGAGAUGGGGUUUUCAACAAACUAUUUGCCCAGGCUGACCUUGAACUGAAAUCCCCCAGAUUUCAGCCUUUCAAGUAGCUAAGGAUUAUAGACAUUAGCAACCCAUGCCCAUCUUUGCUUUUUCUUGGAGUUCCAACUCCAAGUUGGAACUCAAAGUCUGGCACUUAUUAGGCAGGUGCCUAGCACUUGAGCCAUACCCUCAGCCACCCUUUGUUCUUAAGACUGUGUUCUCUGACUUUACUUUGGAACAGUCUCAGAAUCAACUGAUUAGGAGAAUUGCUUUUGAUACAAUGUGCAAUUAUACUUUCCCCUUUGCUUUUCAAACAUUCUCACAACUAACCAUUUAUUGACUAUGCUAAGGGAGAUUGCCUUUAUUGAGAAAGAUGCUUAUCAUCUCUCUUGUUCUUUGAUUUUUCCAAAUUUUGCUAAUGUCACUCUUAGGGGUAACAUUUAAGGAAUUAUGUGGCAGAGUAGUUAUUACUGUAUUGUGCUUGUCUGUGCUGAUUUUUACCUUGCUAUUAAUUGUGUAUUUUGAUUUUUUGCCUAUUUCAGGCUGUUUCAUAAUUCUGAAUAAUGUCUGAUAACGGAGAACUAGAAGACAAGCCUCCAGCACCUCCCGUGCGGAUGAGCAGUACCAUUUUUAGCACCGGGGGCAAAGAUCCUUUAUCAGCCAAUCACAGUUUGAAACCUUUGCCCUCUGUUCCAGAGGAAAAAAAGCCCAGGAAUAAAAUCAUCUCCAUAUUCUCAGGCACAGAGAAAGGAAGUAGAAAGAAAGAAAAGGAACGGCCAGAGAUUUCUCCUCCAUCUGAUUUUGAGCACACCAUCCAUGUUGGCUUUGAUGCUGUUACUGGAGAAUUUACUGGCAUGCCAGAACAGUGGGCUCGAUUGUUACAGACCUCCAAUAUCACCAAGCUAGAGCAAAAGAAGAAUCCUCAGGCUGUGCUGGAUGUCUUAAAGUUCUAUGACUCUAACACAGUAAAGCAGAAGUAUCUGAGUUUUACUCCUCCUGAGAAAGAUGGCUUCCCUUCUGGAACACCAGCACUGAAUACCAAGGGAUCAGAAACAUCAGCAAUAGUGACAGAGGAAGAUGAUGAUGAUGAAGAGGCUGCUCCUCCUGUCAUUGCCCCCCGACCAGAUCAUACAAAAUCAAUAUACACUCGGUCUGUAAUUGACCCUAUUCCUGCACCAGCUGGUGAUUCUAAUGUUGAUGGUGGUGCCAAGUCUUCAGACAAACAAAAAAAGAAGACCAAGAUGACAGAUGAAGAGAUUAUGGAGAAACUAAGAACUAUUGUAAGCAUAGGUGACCCUAAGAAAAAAUAUACAAGAUACGAAAAAAUAGGACAAGGGGCUUCUGGUACAGUUUUCACUGCUACUGAUGUGGCACUGGGACAGGAGGUUGCUAUCAAACAGAUUAAUUUACAAAAACAACCAAAGAAGGAAUUGAUCAUUAAUGAGAUUCUGGUGAUGAAAGAGUUAAAGAAUCCCAAUAUUGUAAACUUCUUGGACAGUUACCUUGUGGGAGAUGAAUUGUUUGUGGUAAUGGAGUACCUUGCUGGUGGGUCACUUACUGAUGUUGUAACGGAAACCUGCAUGGAUGAAGCACAGAUUGCUGCUGUUUGCAGAGAGUGUUUACAGGCACUGGAAUUUUUACAUGCUAAUCAAGUGAUCCACAGAGACAUCAAAAGUGACAAUGUACUUUUGGGGAUGGAAGGCUCCGUUAAACUUACUGACUUUGGUUUCUGUGCCCAGAUCACCCCUGAGCAGAGCAAACGCAGUACCAUGGUUGGAACACCUUACUGGAUGGCACCAGAGGUGGUUACUCGGAAAGCUUAUGGCCCCAAAGUUGACAUAUGGUCACUGGGUAUCAUGGCUAUUGAGAUGGUUGAAGGAGAGCCUCCGUACCUCAAUGAAAAUCCCUUAAGGGCCUUGUAUCUGAUAGCAACUAAUGGAACCCCAGAACUUCAGAAUCCAGAGAAACUUUCCCCAAUAUUUCGUGAUUUCUUAAAUCGAUGUUUGGAAAUGGAUGUGGAGAAAAGGGGAUCAGCCAAAGAAUUGUUGCAGCAUCCCUUCCUGAAACUGGCCAAACCAUUAUCUAGUUUGACUCCGCUGAUCAUGGCAGCUAAAGAAGCAAUGAAGAGUAACCGUUAACACCAUUGCCGUGGCUUCAUAUUCUUUUUUCCAUUUUCUAAAAGAAGUCUUUUAAUAUAUGAAAAUUAUCACUUUUUUGAGGGGGGGUUUAAACAGAUGGUCUGCGUAACAUGGAGGAAAGGGAAAAACAAAAACUAGUAUUCCCUGAAGACGGCCAAGAGAAAAUUACAAUAAGAGGAUUAUGACUUUCAAAUGAACCCCUUUUUUAGGGUCCAAAAGGAAUUGUGGACUGAAUCACUAGCCUUACAUCUUUUAGCAGAGUGCCUGUUGGGGCCAUUUAUUAUGCUCGAGGUUUGCAUUUUAUUUUGCUGACUUUGUUGUCUCCUUUGGGGUAUUUUCAAUACUUGAAUGACAGAUUCGAGUGUUUCAGAGUAUUUGUUUCAUCUAGACUUUUUUCUCUCCUUUAUAGCUUUUCUUUUCUUUGUCUUGCUCCUUUUGAGUUGCUUUGAGAAGUUUAUCGCAGGCCUAAAUUCCAUGCAAAUAUGAUAGAAAUUGUGUAGCUCUUUAUAUUGGCAAAGGAGCUUGAUAUGGUUUAACUUUUUAUAGAAGUUAGGACCAGCUAUUGUUACAUGUUACAUUUUGGUUCACAACUAGAACUGAAAUAAGAAGAAAAGUGUGAUUUUUACCUUCUUAACAAAUGUGAAAGUGAGUUUUAGAAAUUUCAUGGUAGUGAGUUUGACAUUUGUUACAUGUAUAGAAAGACUUAGUAUCUAUAUUUAUAACUAAAUCAUUGAGACAGAAAAAGAAUCCCACUGACUGUAAACCCUUACAAUUUUGUCGUUUCUUUCAGUCUAUUUCCAAAUUUGGCCUCAGAAACCAAAGUAGAUUGUUAUUGUUCCACCUUGAGCUUUUAUGACUUUGGUUGGUGCCACUGCCUUCUCCUUCCCUCUUCUUCCCCCUUUGUUUUGGAAAUAAGUUUCUGUAUAUGUUGCGAUUUUAGGUUUCAGUUUUGUUUUUGUUUUUUAAUUAACCCUCUCUCACCUCACACAUACACUUGUCCUCUGGGGCAAAUAAUAUAAUAAUUGAAUUUUCAGAAUUUAAAAGUUAACUCUUUUUUUUCUAUUUAAAAGAAAAAAUAUGUGGAGCUAGCAAAAAGAAAGUAGACUUGAACCUUGGUGAGCUCUAAGAUAGUUAAAAUCAUGAAGGAGAAAUGUCAAUAUUAUAGAGACAUAGCUUAUGACCAGUAAACUGUAAAGAUUUGUCAUAAGUUACUGUGUCCCCAACCCAUUACCAAUGUUUUACUGUCUGUGAAAAUUUAAAUAACAGAGUACUCGUUGAUGGAUUCAUGGGUCAUUUGAUAUGUUGUCUUUAGUUUUUAUUUUUUCAAAUAAGUAGAUUAUUCGUGUUAAAAAAACUGGAGAAAGGAAGAAAAUGAAAUGUGCUUAUUGAUAGUGAUAUGUUUUUAUUUUAAAGAUUUAAUAAAAGGUCUGUGACCUGUAGCAUUAAUUAUUAGAGUGCCCUCUCUUCUCCCCACCCUGUCUUUAUUUCCUCUCCUCUGCUUCUCCUUGUCGCUUUGUUGUUUGCUUUUGGAGGAGGUAUUGUCCAUUCUGAUAUGCCUGGAACCACAUAAAAGAGGAAGAUCUGUGGCUGGUUUUGGCAUUUUUUUCCCACCAUUUCCACCCAGAGAAUUUCACUCCUGUUUGCCAUCCUGCAAAAAUACAAAUCAUGAAUAAGAAUAAUUUUACUGUUUUGGGAUAUAUUGGGAAAACUGGCAGUAUCUUAUUUCCCAUUUCCAUCAUACCUAUGUUAAAUACAGUUAUAAAGAGAAAUGGUAUUUUUUGUUACUGAUAACACAGGAAGGUUUUCAGGAAAAUUAACAAAACUUAUAGCUCGAGCACUUAAUGGCCUCUGUUUUCAAUAUGAUUCUUGAUUUCAUUUUUCUGUGGUCUAUAUUUGGCUGCCUACAACUAUCACUAAAUUACUUUGCAGAAACAAGCUGGUUUAUUUCUGGGGGAAAGCUGCAGUGCUUCUUCAGCUCCAGAUUUGAACAUUCUUUGUAAACAGUUGUCUGGAUGGAUUGUGAUUAAGAAGAUGCUACCAAGAAAAUAGAAAACCAACUAGAUGAUAAGACUAUGAUCUUCAUGACCACUCAAGAAGGCACUUCCAUCCUAUAUCAUAGAGAACACAUUCAUGGGAUAUGUGCCAAUGCCCCUGUUUUAUGCUGUGACUCAACAAAGGGCUUUUCCAUUGAUAGAAGCAAUUUUGGAUUUGUAUUUACAUCUUUGAUGGUUACCUGCAUGUCCAUUGCUGGCAACGGACUUUGUCAUUAAAACCUGACUCCUAGGUUAAGGGAGCUGCACUGUGGUUUAUUCCUUACUUACCUGGAUAAACUAACCUGUAUUAGAAAUAUACUUUGGUUAAUCUGAAAUGUGUCCUUUUUAAGCAAAAUAAUCUUAAAAGCAAUACAGAAUUGUGAUUUAUUAGUUAGUUUUAAAUUAAAAUGUUCUGAUCUUGUUGAAAGAACAAUUUAUAUAUAUAUAUAUAUAUAUAUAUAUAUCAAGAUUCAUGUUUUGCUAAUAAUUGUCUUUUUGUAUUCACACUUUUUAUCUUUUUAAAAAUUAGAAUUCCCAUUUAAAUCUAAAAGUUACCUUAGCAGGACUGUUAUGUUAUUAGGAUAAUAUUACUAUAGCACUUAUUUAUUAUAUUGCAAACUUUCUGGUGGUCCUAAAGUUGUCUUCUCCUUUUGUUCUUUUGCUACCUUUAGAAACAAAACUGGGAAGCCAUGAAAGUAUUGAAUAUUUUAUCCCACCUAGGUUGUUAAACAAACAGAUCGUGUAGCAUGCGACACCAUGGCUGGCACAUCUCUGUUUUCAGGAGUUGAGUGACUGCACAAAGUAUGAAUCCUCUUCCUUUCAACAGAUAAAUACUAAGCUGCCUAAAAUUUAUCUAGUAGCCAUCAAUCAGUCUUCCUGUGUCUUUAACAAGCAAUUUUAAACUAUGAGGAUUUCUCUGUAGGUCUCACUUAAAUAUAUGUUUGUAUAUACUGUAUUCUUACCAGAAUUGUUUUAGAUCUGAUCAGACAGUAGCUACAGCAAGAAAAAAAAAUAAGUGCUUAAGGAAUUUGCAUCUAGCUGGUGUGAUGGCUCCCACCUGUAAUCCUAUCUAUGCAGGAGGAUCUCUGUUUGGGGCCAGGCAGGGCAAAAGUGGACGCCCUAUCUGAAAAACUAAAGUGCAAAGUACUGGAUGUGGUGUUUUGGGUUUUAUAGUACAAUUUCAUAAUAAUAUAAAAAAGAUUGUUGUCUCUACUACUCCCACAAAAGAUAUUUGAACUGUUAAAUCCAGUUUUUCCAUAGCAGUGUAUACAUAUGUGUGUAUAAGAAAAAAGUACAAAUUUUUUUCUCAAUACAUUUUAUUGAACAGAUUUUUUUCUUAGUAUUUCUCAAUAUUGGACACUGACAAAGAUGCUGUGUUAGAGGUUGUUGGAGUUACAAAGAAAAUUAAGCACUGGCCUGGCCUUGAAAGAACUGGAGUCUUCACAUUUCUAGAAUAUUGCCAAGACAAGAGGCAGAAAGAAAUGUAUGAUAAUCUGUCAAACAAAUUUUUAUUCUAUAGAUACAUAAAACCAAAAAAUUAUAUUUAAAAUUCAAAAUCUUUGGUUGGAAUGUGUUGGCUUAAUUUUUUUUUCUUCUUUUGGUAGAUAGUACGUAAAAGUAGCCUGUCUUUUCUGUUUUGUUUUCAGAUUUUAUAUUGCCUUUAAUUUUUAACUUAAUCCCAUUCAAUUUUGUAAUUGUUACAUUGACUCACUGCUGUACUUGAUGACUUCAUUCAAUUUUCUUUCAGGCCUAGAAAUAAACUUCUUUAGUGUCCAUUUUUUCCCUUUCUUAAAUUUCCCCUUUUUUGACAGAAUCGUAUGAAAGAAUAAAUAUUUAUCUAAUAGGUAUGCAAAGAACAUGCUCAUAUUUUUAAGGAUGAAUGUUUUAAGCUUUUUAAUGGUGUUAUGGCGUCAUUCUGAAUGUAUUACAAAAUGCCAAAGUUCUGGAUAGAAAGCAUAACCCUUUCCUGUUCUAAACCAGAUUCAGAAUAAACUACUUAUAAAUCCUCCUGGCUUUCAGAUCCAGGGAAGCAUUUCUGAUCUGAACACUUCCAGUAACUAACAAUUGCCUGGCUGAGAUAAGAAUCUAGCCAGAAUUUCUGUGUUAAAUACACCAAGAAAUCUUUUAAGAGUAGAAUACUUUUAAGACAUCACUUACUAUACAAAUUUUAAUUUGUAAUUUGGAUACCCUAAUAUGGGUAACAGGCAAUAGAGUUCACUAUCAAAAAGCAUAAAGUAUGUACAGACAGGUGUUGUGCAUGUAUGAGUACAUGCACAGGUUGAGACAUUCUCACUAUGUUGCCCAGGCUGGCCUGAAACCCCUGUUCUCAAGGUAUGCCCCCCACCUCUACAGGCAUUCACCACCAUGCCUGCCUGUUUCCUUAAUUGCAGUGCCUAGGGUCUGAGAAAAGUUCAAAGAUUCCUGGAUGGUUGGUUGAUACAGAAGCUCUAUUUCAAAGGUUUAGUGUGCAUUUUACUUUGAUGUUUGUGACUGGGGAAGGUGGGGGUAACUAGGGUUUGAACUCCAGAUCUCAUACUUGCUGGGCAAG